UCGGUGGCCACAGGGAGAUUUUCCCCUAGAACUCCCACUGACAUCUUUCACCAUGACUCAAUUCACAUUUUUGGCCAAGGUUAGGGCCCGGAUCCGAAUCCGUAAUCUUCUAGUGCGACAAUGCUUGGCUGAAUUUUUGGGUGUCUUUGUACUUAUGAUCAUCACACAGGGGGCAGUGGCUCAGGCUGUUACCAGUGAUGAAUCCAAAGGCAACUUCUUCACCAUGUUCUUGGCAGGCGCCCUGGCUGUAACGAUUGCCAUCUAUGUGGGAGGCAAUGUCUCAGGAGCCCACCUGAAUCCUGCUUUCUCCUUGUCCAUGUGCCUAAUGGGUCGCCUACCUUGGACCAAAUUUCCAAUAUAUAUUCUGGUACAGCUACUUUCUGCCUUCUUUGCCUCGGGAGCAACAUAUGUCCUCUACUAUGAUGCUCUCCAGAACUAUACUGGUGGAAACCUGACAGUGACUGGCCCCAAGGAGACAGCCUCCAUCUUUGCCACCUAUCCAGCCCCUUAUCUGUCCCUGGAAAAUGGCUUCCUGGACCAGAUUCUAGGUACUGCUAUGCUGAUUGUGGGCAUCUUUGCCAUUAUAGACACCAAGAACAAGGGAGUGCCUGCAGGAUUGGAGCCAGUAGCAAUUGGUCUGCUGAUUCUGGCCAUUGGCCUCUCCAUGGGUGCCAACUGCGGUUACCCACUGAACCCUGCUCGGGACCUCGGACCUCGGCUCUUCACCUAUGUGGCUGGCUGGGGACCUGAGGUCUUUAGUGCUGGCAAUGGUUGGUGGUGGGUGCCUGUGGUGGCUCCCAUGGUAGGUGCUGUGUUGGGCACUGCCACAUACCAGUUGCUGGUGGGUUUGCAUCAUCCUGAAGAUUUGGAGCCUGCCCCAGAAGAAAGAUUCUGAAUUGAAGUUCAUGUCUCAUCUCACCUGCUCAGAGAAGAAUUCAUGAUAACUUUUCUUCUUCCAACGUUACCUCAGAUAUUUAAACAACAACAAAUCCCCCUAAAACAAAAACCAACAAGGAAAACUAUAUUGGAUGGUAUUUACAACAAAUACGUCUAUAUCCAAACGCCAACAGCAACUAAAAGUAACUUGAUAAUCUCUUCUACUAUUUUCAAUUUUACAAAUUAGAUUUGGUUAAAUUGGACUGCCUUACUUGAACAUGUAUUACUCUGUUUCCCAUCUCAACCUUUGCAUUUGCUGUUCCCUAUACCUAAAAUACAUUCCUUCCUCAUCUCCACAUCUUGGAAUCCUUGAGUUCAUUCAAAAUUCAGCUCAAGUGCCUUAAAGUCUUCUCUGAAUCACCUCUAUUCUCAAACUUCUCUCUCCAAACUACCUUUUAUGUAUUUAAAAUAUUUUUUGUAUAUACUUAUACAUGUACAAGUUAUCUUUCCUGAUAGAAUGUAAGCUCUUUGAGAGUAGGGUCUGUUAGUAGAGUGUCUAGCACACAAAAGACACUUAAUAAAUGCUUGUUGAUUG